GGAGCUAGAUCUUCAUGAAGAGAUGUUGAAGAACAGAAAGCUAGAGGCGAGGGGGCUCUGGGAGAGCAAAAUCGAAUUUAUUUUGGCUGUAGCAGGAAACAUAGUGGGUUUGGGCAAUGUUUGGAGAUUCCCUUAUCUCUGCUACAGGAAUGGAGGAGGGGUGUUUUUGGUGCCCUACUUGGUGCUUGCUGUGACCUGCGGUUUGCCCCUAUUUCUUCUGGAAACUGCUAUGGGACAGUACACACAAGAGGGGGGCAUCACAUGCUGGAAAAAAAUCUGCCCACUGGCUGAAGGUGUUGGCUAUGCAGGCCAAAUGAUUCAACUGUAUGGAUGCAUGUACUACAUCAUAAUCCUGGCCUGGGCACUGCUCUAUUUGAUUUUAUCUUUCAAUUCCCAGCUUCCCUGGGCCAGCUGUGGCAACACCUGGAACACAAACAGCUGCAUUACUGUCUUAAAUAAUGACAACUGGACGAGGCAGGUCAACUCAACAUCAGCAGCCACAGAGUUUUGGGAACGCAGAGUGCUUACUAUCUCUAAAGGUAUUGAUGAAGUGGGUAACAUCAACUGGGAGAUUCUCCUAUGUCUAAUCGCAAUGUGGAUUAUAUGUUAUUUCUCUAUAUGGAAAGGAGUCAAGUCCACUGGCAAGGUGGUGUAUUUCACAGCUACGUUCCCUUAUGUGAUGCUGUUGGUGUUGCUGAUUCGUGGACUGACUCUCCCUGGAGCCAGAGAAGGAGUUAUUUUCUACCUUUAUCCUGACUUCCAGAGACUGUUGGAUCCUCAGGUAUGGAUGGAGGCAGCCAGUCAAAUUAUCUACUCCUAUAGUAUAGGUGUGGGGAUACUGACUGUGCUAGGCAGCUACAACCAAUACAACAACAACUGCUAUAGGGACUGCUUUUGGCUGUGCCUGCUAAACAGUGGCACCAGUUUUGUAGCAGGCUUUGCAGUGUUCUCCGUUCUGGGCUUCAUGGCUCAUGUACAAGGUGUUCCUAUAGAGGACGUGGCCGAGUCAGGUCCUGGGCUAGCUUUUGUAGCUUAUCCUCAGGCAGUGGCUUUGAUGCCUUUUCCUCAGCUGUGGGCUGUGUGCUUUUUUAUUAUGAUUAUUCUGCUCGGUCUGGACACCCAGUUUCUUGCAAUGGAGGUAAUCAUUACAUCAGUGACAGACGUGUUCCCAAAAGUGCUCCGUAGAACUGGAUGCCGAGAAAUCUUUUUGCUGAUUUUCUGUAUUUUCUGCUUCUUCAGCCAAUUGAUCAUGGUCACAAAGGGUGGAAUGUACGUCUUUCAGCUGUUUGACUACUAUGCCUGUAAUGGCGCCUGCAUCUUCUUUCUUUCUGUAUUUCAGUGUCUGGCAGUUGGCUGGGCCUUUGGAGCUGAUCGAAUGUGUGACAUCAUUAAAGACAUGACAGAGUCAUACCCCAGCAUCAUCUUCAGGCUUUGCUGGAAAUACAUUACUCCAUUAAUUUUUCUGGUAUGUUUCAUCUAUUCUUUGAUGGAGGUCCAGCCUCUGACGUAUAACCGCUGGUAUGUGUACCCAGCCUGGGCAUAUGGGCUCGGCUGGCUGAUGGCUCUCUCUUCCAUCCUGCUGGUUCCUGCAUGGGCACUGGGCGACUUAAGGAAAGCAAAAGGGAGCCUCAGAGAGCGCUGGUGUCAACUGUGCAGUCCUGAGAACAACUCAUCUUUGACCCAGAAGCAGAGAGCAGAAAGACAAUUAAUGACAUCACCUCUUUGACAAAGUCUGCAAUACUGAGGAAUGUUACCUAUAUAAUACUAAACAGAUAUUGCAUUUGUCUUUUUAUAAACUGGAGAAAUGACCUAUAGACAGAAGACAAAUAACUUACUGAAUUGCCAGGGCUCCACCUAAAAGUGCAUAUCUACUCUGUGUAAACUAUAAAACAGUUUACUGCUAUAUAAAGCAAUGCUUUAGUUUCUUAAUGAUAAGAAAAACGUGACCUGUGGCUUAAUGAUUCACAACAAAAACUAAAUAAGUUAAUUAAUUUAACUUAAAUAUAAAAAUUUAAC